AUGGGAAUGGAUGAGGGCGUAUUGAGCGGAAGAGAAGGCCAGGAAGAGGGCAAGGGCGAGACAUCCAAGAGAAACGGGCUGUGGUUGUCUCGACUUCAGGCUGCAAACGUGUCGGAAGUUCCUGUGGGCUCCGUUGGAGCUGCGGGGGAGGUGGCAGCUAUCGCAUCCCUGACAGAGCUCGACAUGUCAUACCACCUACUCAACACCUGGCACGAGGUGCAGAGGGUAGGAGAGGAUCUGCCAGGCCUCACAGCCCUCGACAUCGGCCAUUCCAGACUCUCCUUCCCUUCGCCUGUUGGGUCCUCUCCUCCUCCUCCUCCUGUUGGAUUCUCCUCCUUUCCGCCUCCUGCUGCGCCCUCUGUUUCCCCGAUGGCUGGGCUGAGGAAGCUUGGGCUGAGCAGCACACGGGUCACAUGGCCCCAGGUGGAGGAACUUUCGCGGCAGCUUCCUCUCCUCGAGACCCUGGUUCUUAUCAAGAACGAGAUUUCAGAACUGCGACCCAGCUGUGGUGCCGAUGCCGGUCGUGCUCCUCUGGCCUGCCUUCAGCACCUGACCUACCUGGACCUAUCUGACAAUCGCAUUGCUGACUGGGCUCAAGUCUCCUUCCUCUCAGCCUUACCCUCCUUGAAGUGGCUGCUGCUAUCAGGAAAUAGGAUCUCCAACAUCCCAGGAAAUUAUGGCAAAGCUGCACACACCUCUACCGUUCAUAACCUGCACCACCUUUCAUUAGCUGACAACAACAUAUGUGAAUGGGCGUCCAUUGAUGCCCUGACUCUCACAUGCCCCACCCUCAAGGAGCUCGUUCUCUCCCACAAGCCUUAUGUGCCCAGAUUGCCUUCAGCCAAUCAAAGGCCAGCCUCAACCAUUGAUCCAGCCAAUGGCAACGCGACACUUGGCAAUGGGACAAAGGGCGGAGAGGCGUCAAAUGGGAGUCUGACACCUGACAGUGGCGGUGCUGCUGCUACUGCUGCUGAUGGGGAGGAGGGUGGGAGGGUGGAGAGGUGUGAGUUUGGGUUUGGGGUGACGGAGGAGGGGAGGAUGGGAGUGAUUGCGAGAAUGCAGUCGAUUCAGAAGCUCAACUGUGUUCAGAUCCUUCCCAGGGAGCGCUUGGAUGCAGAGAUAUGGUACAUCUGCCACGCCAUCCGCUCGCUCCCCCACGCCACAUCCCUCCCUCAACUCGUCUCCGCGGGCCACCCCGCCCUGCCUGCUCUUCUGGCCAAGCACGGCCUCGACUUGGUAUCAGAGCGAAGGAAGCUCCUCCCAGGCCUCCAUACCAACGCCUCUGCAGCUGCUGCCUCUGCUCCUGAUGCUACCAGUGCUGCAAGUGCUGCUGGUGCUUCCGGUGCUUCCGGUGCUUCAGGCAUCACAUUCCUCAUCAAUCCUCUCCUGCCGACCCUUGCUCUGGCAAGGAGUAGCAGCUCUCCUUCCCAUCAACCCUCCCCUUGCUCGAUUGUUCCUUCCAUUUCAGGCAUCACAUUCCGGGUGCUUGGUGGCACGGCAAAGGAAGUCACCAAGAAGCUUCCUCAGUCCACGACAGUAAGUGCUGGCUCGCAUGCACUCUGUUCUUUCGACCAGUUGCUUUUAUUUUGA